AGAGACAGAGACCUUACCAGCUCAAUAAAUGAGUGAGGGAGGUGGACAGCAGAUAUUAUUAUCAGUGAUAAAAAGAGUGAAAGACAGCAGAAGAGUGUGGGAUUUAAAAGGAGGAGCAGCUCUGGUACUGUUCUCAAGCACUAAACAGUCAAGCUAGAACUUUCUUCAUACAGGCCAGGAGCAUUUGCAGCUUGACUCUUUUGACGGAGAAAGAAGAUGCCCGGCCAAGCUGCAAUUCAUGUUCCGGAAAAGAGUCUUAAAUGCAAAGAAUUGGUGAUUGACAUCCCAGAUAAUCUUGAGCCGGCCGAGUGGCCGAAGGAGUGCUGCAUCUACAGGGUUCCAAGGAAACUUCGCAAGGUAAACAAAGAAGCCUAUACUCCUAAGUUAAUCUCAAUAGGCCCCUUUCAUCACCGGAGGCAAGAAUACCGGGACAUGGAAGAGCAGAAAGUGAAAUAUUUGAGUGACUUCUGUAGAAAGAAUGAGAAGAGCCAGGAGGAUCUGGCAAGCAUCUUUAAAGAAAAAGAAGUAGAAAUCCGCCGUUGCUAUGCGGAGACCUCAAAACUCAACAGAAUAGAGGGGUUAUGUGUACUUUUCCCAAAAAUGAUUAUAUUGGAUGGCAUCUUUAUAAUUGAGCUCUUCAGGAGGAAUUCUAAAGAGGAAGAACGUAAAAAGGAUUAUAUAUUAAGCAAACCGUGGCUGAGGGAUGGUAUACAGCAUGACUUGCUUCUACUCGAGAAUCAGCUUCCCUAUUUUGUUCUUGAGGAUUUAUAUAAUUUCGCCUACCCUGGCUCUUCCAGUUGCAACAACAAUCACAAAGAAAUCGAGCAAACGAAGAAUCCCAAAGAAGUGCCCAAGCAGGAUACUCCCUUUCUUAAGCUUUGCCGCAAGUACUUUUCUAAAUAUGAUCAGCAGCCAGAUUCCAGCAUCGCUGCGGAAGUAAAACAUUUCACAGAUUUGCUGAGAUAUUUUUUCUAUCCGUCAGACCUGAAGAAUAAAACAAAUAAGGCGAUUGAUCACCUGUAUAGUGCCACAAAGCUUGACGAGGCCGGAGUGAAAUUCAAAAAAGUUGAAAAAAGACACCUACUUGACAUCAGAUUCGAAAAGGGUCCGUUCUUGGAGUAUUGUCCUUACCUGAAUUGUUCAUGGCUCUUGAAUUGCCUACCAUGCUUUAUUUGCUUGGAGCGCAUGCAAGUUUUCUUGAAACUCCCUGCCUUUGAAGUAGGGCAUGAAACCGACUGUGUUUUCCGAAACGUCAUGGCCUUGGAGCAGUGUCAUUAUCCAACGGAGGCUUACAUUUGCAAUUACAUUCUGCUGUUGGAUUCUCUUAUCAACACUGAAAAAGACGUGGAUCUGUUGGUUGAGAAAAAGGUUAUUGUUAACCAACUUGGAAGCCAUGAAGCAGUAGCGAGACUGGUUAACAAGCUUGGCCACCAAAUUGUUGCAGAAGAUUCCUGCUAUUAUGAACUCAGCCAAGAUCUUAAUAAGCACUAUGAAAGCUUCUGGAAUCGAAAUAUGGCAACCUUGACAACAACAUAUUUCCGCGACAUUUGGAGAGGCACUGCAACGGUUGUUGGGAUUAUCUUCCUGCUUUUAACUUUCUGGAAUAUCUUCCUCAGGCAUUUCGUGAAAAUGCCUCGCUCAUGGUCCUAAUUGAAGCUUUUUGCUUUUGCUUUGAGUUGUGUUCCUCAGGUAUCUAUGGAGAGUCUGUAUUUGCAGCUAGCUAGUAAAGUAGUUUGUAUCACUGUUAACAAUAAGAAGGGUUUAUUGUCUGUAAUUUGACAUCAUGCAUAUAUGGUUCUAAUAGUGUGUUUAGAAAUUAAUA